CUUACCUGUCUAAUAUAGAAUUUUACCUGCCGUUAACACCCCUAUAAAUAUCAUUAAAUCCAACUCUGUCCCCUAUCUCCUGCGUGUAGUACUUGUGCUUCUUCUCUCUCGAGGUUGAUUUAGCACCUCUCUACCAAACUCGGCAAAAAGUCCAAUCGAUCAUGAGUUACUACGAUCAGGGCCAUCCUCCGGUCGGCGUUCCCCCUCCACAAGGUUAUCCGCCGAAGGAUGCUUAUCCGCCGCCGGGUUACCCGCCGCAGGGGUACCCACAAGGAGGGUAUCCACCUCAACAGGGGUACCCUCAGGGAGGCUAUCCACCUCAGCAGGGAUAUCCGCCGCCGCAGUACGGUGCUCCUCCGCCGCAGCAACAGCAGUCCAGCAGCAGCGUCGGCUGCAUGGAGGGAUGUUUGGCCGCGCUGUGCUGUUGCUGUCUUCUAGAAGCAUGCUUUUGACGAAAGACUAAUGGAUUGAUCGACCGGCGCUGCAUCAUGGCCGUGAGAUUGUUUAAUCGUACGAUUGAGAAGUGUCAUAGUAGUUAGCAUGUACCUUUGUAUUCUGUCAUUUGAUAAAUAAUUUGGACCGCCGUUUCAAGACAACCUUAUUAGCUUGCUGUAUUUAAUGGAUUAAUGCUUUAAAGUGUUUAUUUCUAAUUAAACAUUGGAAAA